AUGGCACCGCACAUUAUAGCAUCCGAUAAUUCUGACGGAAUUUUUAAUGAAUUACCACAAGAUUUUAUUAUUUCUAAAGAUAAAUCUUAUAUUGUAUUUAAUAAAGAAAUAGAGAAAUCAAGUAACGAUGAUCGCUCUUAUAGAAUAAUUCGCUUAAGCAAUGAAUUGGAGGCUUUAAUUAUUCAUGAUGCUGAAGCUGAUAAGGCUGCUGCAUCCCUAGAUGUUAAUAUUGGAUCCUAUCACGAUCCGGAUAACCUAUUAGGUUUAGCUCAUUACUGCGAACAUUUGUUGUUUAUGGGAACGGAAAAGUAUCCUAAGGAAAAUGACUAUUCCGAGUUUUUGAAUAAACAUAAUGGAUCGUAUAACGCGUAUACUUAUACCGAAAAUACAAAUUAUCAUUUUGAAGUCGGACAUGAGCAUUUAGAACCUGCACUAGAUAGAUUUGCUCAAUUUUUUAUUUCUCCGUUAUUUAAUGCUGAUUGUACCGAUAGAGAAUUAAAAGCGGUUGACUCUGAAUAUAAGGGAUAUCUUCAAAACGAUGAUUGGAGGUUAUAUCAAUUACAAAAGUUCAAUUCCAAUCCUGAACAUCCCUUGUCAAAAUUUUCCGUUGGAAAUUUAGAAACUUUAAAAGAACUACCUACAAAAGAAGGUAUUGAUACUAGGGAUGAAUUAAUUAAAUGGUAUGAAAAGUAUUAUUCUGCCAAUCUUAUGAAAUUAUGCGUUUUGGGAAGUGAUCCUUUGGAACAACUAACUGAAUGGGUUGUUGAAAAGUUCUCUGAUAUUAAAAAUAAAAAUGUCGCUCCAUUAAUACCUGUUGAAAUUCCAUUAAGAAAGGAUGUAGAAUUAUCGAAACAAAUUUUGGCAAAACCUGUUAAAGAUAAUCACACUUUAGCGGUUUAUAUUCCUAUACCAAGUCUAAGAGAAAAUUAUAAGACGAAGGCUGCAUAUUAUGCUGCUCAUUUAAUUGGUCAUGAAGGAACUGGAUCAAUUUGUUCUUUGCUAAAAAAGAAGGGAUGGAUUACUUCCAUUUAUGCCGGACCGGAAGAAAUUAGUGUUGAUUUUCAUAUGAUGACAAUGAAUGUUUAUUUAACUGAAGAUGGUCUAGAACAUUACGAAGAUGUUUUGGAAAUUAUAUUUCAGUAUAUUGAAAUGCUCAGAAGAGAAGGACCACAAGAAUGGAUAUUUAAUGAAAUUUCAUCAUUAAAUCAAAUAACAUGGCGAUUUUUGGAAAAAUCAUGGGAAUCUUCAUAUGUGUGCAUGCUCUCAAACAGAUUACAUCAAACAUAUCCACACAAUGAAAUAUUAAGUGCUCCAUAUAUUAGUUGUGAAUACGAACCAAAAUUAAUUACCGAAAUGCUUGACUGUUUAAGAAUCGAAAAUUGUGUUGUUACCCUCGCAAGUAGAUUGUUGAGUGGAUUUGAUAAAAAAGAGAAAUGGUUUAAUGCCGAAUAUAAAUAUGAACCUAUCAAUGAAAACUUGAUUAAAGUAAAUCCGGUUAUUCAUCCUGAUCUUAAACUUUGUCCUCCAAAUGAAUUCAUACCCACCAAUUUUACUGUUAACAAGUUAGACAACGUAACACCAAAAACGCGUCCAGAUAUUAUUAGUGAUAAUGAUAUAAGUCGCGUUUGGUAUAAAAAAGAUGAUAAAUGGUGGAUUCCUAAAGUUAGAAUUGAAUUUGCAUUUAAGACUCCGUUGAUUAGACUUACACCGUUCAAUUUGGUUAAAACCGCAUUAUACUACCAUGUAUUUGAUGAUGCAUUUGCAGAAGAAGCGUAUGAUGCAUCACUUGCAGGAUUGUAUUAUUCAAUAUAUACAGUAGAAGACAGUUUACGCAUUAACGUAUCGGGAUAUAAUGAUAAAGCUUCAAUAUUAGUAGAAUUAAUUAUGAAGAGAAUGAAAGAUCUCGUAAUUAAUCCUGAAAGAUUUAAAGUAUUAAAGGAAAGAUUAAAGAGAGAUUAUAAUAAUAGAAAAUUAUAUAGUCCAAAUACGUUAGCAUCAAUUUACGAUUCACAAUUAUUUAAUGAAACAUAUUACACAACAGAAGAAAGAUUAUCAGCAUUAGAAGAUAUUAAUAUAGAAGAUGUACAAUCAUUUUACCCUGAAUUAUUUAAACAAAUGUUUAUCGAAGCUCAAGUAUUUGGUAAUAUGGAAAAGGAUGAAGCAAUGAAAAUGGUAAAAAUGGUUGAAGAAAUAUUUAAACCAAAAGUAUUAGAAAAAUCCAGAAUUCAUAGAGGUAGGAAUGUUAGAUUACCUAAAGGUAAAAAAUAUGUUUACCAAAGAGAUGUUCAUGAUAAAGAUGAAUUGAAUAGUGCAAUAGAAUAUUAUUUACAAUGUGGAGAUAAUAAGGAUAAAUAUGCUAGAAAUAGGUUACAAAUUAUUGCUCAAGUUAUAGAAGAAGCUACUUUUGAUCAUUUAAGAACCAAAGAACAAUUAGGAUAUUCUGUAUUUAGUUAUGUAAGUAGUUCAGUAGGAGAAAUAGGAUUAUUAAUCAAUUUACAAAGUGAAAGAGAUUCCGUUUAUUUGGAAAAUAGAGUUGAAGCAUUUUUAAUUAAAGCUCAGUCAAUUAUUGAAGAAAUGUCAGAGGAAGAAUAUCAAAAACAAAAGAAAUCAUUGAUUGAUAAUCUUUUGGAAAAAGAAAAGAAUAUAUGGCAUGAAACAUCUAAAUAUGCUAAUCAUAUUACUAAUGAUUAUUACGACUUUAAUAUAGAUAUUGAUGAUUCUGAAGAAAUUAAAACAAUCACUAAAGAUGAUGUAUUAGAGUUUUAUAAAAUUAAUAUUCAUCCAAAAUCACCAAAGAUUAGAAAGGCAUCGAUACAUGUAAGAUCUUUAAAGUGUACCGAUAAUAACUCUGUUGAUAAGGCAACAACAACUGAUUCCAAAGAAAAUGACAAAUCGGAAGAGAAGGAAAAUAAAGAUAAUGAUGAAUCAAAAGAAAAAGAUCAAGAAGAUGAUGAAAAUACUUAUGCGAAAUUAGAAAGAUUGAAACCAGAAAAUUAUAUAUUGUCCGAAGAUAAUAUUAUAAUUACUGAUCUUUCAGAUUUUAAGAAUAGGAUGUGUUUGGGACCCACUGCUACUCCUGUCGUGCCAUUAAAAACUUAUUAUAAUGAAGAGAUGUUUAAUUAA